UGCGACGACAUCACAUUCACGAUUAAGCAAAUUGGGCUGCAUCGGAACCCACCAAUUCGGCCACGGUACCUUCACUCCCACACUCAAUUGGCCUCUGGAGGAAUCACAGACUGACCUACUCGUCCACGCAGAUGCUGUCCCAACGAUUCGCGCGGAUCUCGACGAUCCGCGGCGCCGCCCAGGCCGCCCGACGAACUCCCAUUGUCCAGCAGCGAACCUUCUUCCCGCCUCAGAUCAACGACCGCAAGGUCCUUGAGGAGAAGUACCCCGACUACCCGACUCUCUCCGAAGCAGAGGACCCUGGCAUGAACGGCGGCUAUAUCAACCCUCCCUUCAUCAAGAGACAGUUCCGUGACCCCCAUGCCAACUGGUGGGACAAGCAGGAGCGCCGCAACUUUGGCGAGCCCGUCCACGAGGAUCACGACCUGCUGGGUAUGUUCUCGCCCUACGAGUACACCUGGACCACCACUGGCAAGGGCCUGCUCCAGAUUGGAGCUUUUAUCGCGGCGUUCCUCGGCGUCUGCGGCAUCGUUGCCGCCAACUACCCCGACAAGCCCUCAUACCCCAGAGAAUUUCCCGACGGGCUUGAGAGAGAGCUGGGAGGUGCCAGCGCUGUGCGAGCGAGAAAGGCUGGCGAUGCCGACCCAUGAAAGAACCGGGUUCAGACGGAUUUACGGCCCGGGAAAGCACGUGUACAUUUUAGAGCAGAAGAUGCAACCCUUUGGGCGGACUGACCCCAGCAACAAA